GUCGCCGUAGUAGGGUCCGUGAAUUUGCUCCCGUUAACGGUUGAUUCCACUCGGCGUAUUUUUACGUGGACUUCACGACAUUGCGUCACGUUGAUGAAUUUGAAGUGAUGCUACCGAGGCGCAUCCAUCGUCCGCGUAUGAUAAACAAAUCUGCGCCAGUCGCUAGUCAUUCGCGCGGAAACCACGAGCGUUGCAGACGGAUUACCGGGAUUUUAAAGAUGUGAUUUAUUGAAGAAAAUACCGAAUUAGGAAAGUGUCUUACAUUAGCUGGUGUAUCUGUGUGUGUACACACACACACACACGCGCGCGCGCGCUUGUAACUUACUCAGGUGGGCCAACGGUUUUUGCGCGUGUGGUCUCGCGCACAGGACGGUUUGCGCGGCUCGGCAUGAUCGGUAAUGCACGCGCUCUUCCGUUCGGUAUCCGCACCAUCCCGGGGUGUGACCGAUAGACACGGAUCCGUCAUGGCGGGUCCCGCAUUCACGGGAGCGCACGGGACCUGGAUCACAUCUCGGUUACGGGAGGACACAUCAUCUUCUUCAUCAUUAUCAUCAUCGUCAUCCGCGGAGAAACCGCGCAAACGGAGAGCCUUUAACCUGGUCAAGCUACGGCAGCCCACCGCCCCCGGUAACAACAACACACCGUUUGUGAUCUCCGGUCAUAUCAAGCACAUCUGCAGUAACUGCAGCCGCGGGAACGACAUCCGGGACGCAGAGGGUGCCGAUCGUCUGGCGGCGAUGCGCUCGGAUUCGCUGGUUCCCGGGACACACACUCCGCCCAUCCGCAGACGGAGCAAACUGGCCAGUCUAGGGCGACUCUUCAAACCCUGGAAAUGGAGGAAGAAAAAGAGCGACAAGUUCAAACAGACGUCUGCAGUGCUGGAGAGGAAGAUGUCGACGCGUCAGAGCCGAGAAGAGCUCAUCAAGAGAGGCGUGCUGAAGGAAGUGUAUGAGAAAGUAGAGGAGGUCAGCGGUGGCGUGUGUGUGAGUGAGCUGGACAGACAUACGGUCAUCAGUCCAGGUCCAGAGUCAGCUGACACCAGCGUCACAGCGGCAGUGUCGUUCUCAGAGGUCCAGUCGCCUGGAGAAACUGUGGCGUGUCUCUCAUCUCAAGCCCCGCCCCCUGUGAAGCCGUUGCCUAGCGACAGUGCUGACAUCGCUCACUUGAGGCCGUCGUCACUGAAACAGCCUCCAGCCUUACCGCCAAAGCCAUACAGCAGAAUACCCAGCCAUCUCACAGAGACGCUUGCCAGACUGUCACCGCCUCUCCCUCCAAAGAAAGUGAUGAUAUGUGAGCCAGCGCCCUCGUUUGCCCUCAAAUGCCUGCCGUCCCACGCGCACACACACACACUCACACACGCUCACCCGCAGCAGUUCGCCACCCUGCCGCUGUCUCUGCACCCGCCCAGCCGCAUCAUAGAGGAGCUCAACAAAACUCUCGCGCUCACCAUGCAGAGACUCGAGAGUUCUGUACUGCAGGCGGUGCCAUCUGUCCUGAUGGAGACGGAAGAGGAAAAGGAGAACAGAGAUUCAAUGCACCAAACUCCCGCCAACACACACACACUCAUCACACACACCUUCAGCACGCAUGAGGAAGAGGACGAGGAAGAGGAGGAUGACGACGACGACUCGCUGUUUACAAGUACACUGGCUUUAAGGGUCUUACGGAAAGAUUCGCUGGCGAUCAAACUGAGCAAUCGGCCGUCGAAGAGGGAACUGGAGGAUAAAAACAUCCUCCCGAUGAUGAGCGACCAGGAGCGGCUGGAGUCCCGCCAGCAGAUCGGCACCAAACUGACCCGUCGUCUCAGCCAGAGACCGUCGGCAGAAGAACUGGAGCAGAGAAACAUCCUCAAACCGCGCAACGAGCAGGAGGAGCUGGAGGAGAAGCGCGAGCUGAAGAAACGACUCUCCAGGAAGGUGAGAUUUCCCCAAAUCCUGAGCUUUCCGGCUGUUUCUAUAGCAACAGGCUAUUCUAGGUCGCGGCACAGAUUACAUUAGUUACGCAACAUCUUUAGGUGUGUUUGGUUUUCUCUGUCGAGCACCCACAGAAACACACGAGUCAGUCCAAACCGGGGGUGCGUGGACAAAAGCCCAUAUUAAUAAUCUGCCAUUGCUCGCAUAAUGGCCCAGAGGGAUCGUAGGAGUUCGUGGGAUGCCCACUCUCCUAUAGACUUGGUGGGAAGUGGGCCUUUUAGGACUACCCUCGAUUUAA